GAGAUCCGUCGACGGUUAGAGUUUUCAUGGGAUUAGGAGGAGGAGGAGGGGCCGGAGCGAAAUCUGAGCCACCCAUGUCUAAACACAGGACAGGACAAGUGCGAAUAUGGGUUUUGGACAAAGCGGUGGCGUGCGUUUCCUGCGGUGCCAGUCCAAGUCAAGUCGUACGAGUGUGCUCUUUUUGUCCAUUCCGGCUUCCUACUGGGAAUCCACCAAACGCAUACCACCUCCUCCUCAAUCCUCAUCCAUUCCCCCUCCCUAAAAAGAUUUCUUCUUUCCCAUCAGAUAAGGAUGACGACGCAUGCAGUUGCAGGUUGGGCUUGAGAGAAAAAAAAAGCUCUUCGACACAGGCAUACUGCAUGCUGGUGUUUUUGGAGGACUCCCUGCUGUCACCAUGACCACCCACUUCGCUCCAAUGUUUUCUGAUUCGAAGAACAGAUCAUGCCUCUACACUCUGUUCAUGAUCGCUUCUCUUUUUUGCGGUGCUUACUUCAUCGGUAGCACUGUCAUUGCAAAGGAGUACAAAGAUAGAUUAAUAAGGUUGGAAGCAACUGAGACUAUGCGAAACAGAGAUUCUAUGCGUUGCAAGGAUCAUUGCAGGCCUUCAGGAAGUGAGCAUUUACCGAAAGGGAUCGUUGUGGGAACAUCCAACUUGGAAAUGCAACCUUUGUGGGGCCCCAUUGAAAAUAAUAAAAACACAACUCCUGCAAUGAAUUUACUGGCACUAGCUGUUGGGAUUAAGCAAAAAGAAAUAGUAAAUCGUCUUGUGCAGAAGUUUCCUUCAAAAGAUUUUGUGGUUAUGCUUUUCCAUUAUGAUGGUGUUGUGGAUGACUGGAAGAAUUUCACAUGGAGUGAUCACGCGAUACAUGUGUCUGCAGUGAAUCAAACAAAAUGGUGGUUUGCCAAACGAUUCUUGCAUCCAGACAUAGUUGCCGAAUACAGUUACAUCUUUCUUUGGGAUGAGGACAUCGGAGUUGAAAAUUUUGACCCCAAUCGAUACUUGUCCAUUGUCCAAGGUGAAGGACUUGAGGUCUCACAACCAGCACUCGACCCUGUGAAGUCAGCCAUUCAUCUUCCAAUUACUGCACGCAGAAAAAACUCAAAAGUGCACAGGAGGAUGUAUAAGUCAAAAGGAAGUGGAAGGUGUGAUGACCACAGCACUGCACCUCCAUGUGUUGGGUGGGUGGAAAUUAUGGCACCUGUCUUCUCAAGGAUGGCCUGGCGUUGUGUUUGGUUCAUGAUCCAGAAUGACUUGAUCCACGCAUGGGGCUUAGACAUGGUUCUUGGAUAUUGUGCCCAAGGUGAUCGGACCCAAAAAGUUGGCGUGGUUGACUCCGAGUACAUAAUUCAUCUAGGCCUCCCUACACUUGGUGUUGGCAAUGGGAAGCAGGUGCACAGUCAUGCACCCGUUCAUUCUGCAAGAGACCUUCCAAGCACCGGGGCAGUUGCUUCGCAUGAGCCCCUCGUAGUUGACAAUAGGAUUGAAGUGAGAAAACGAUCGUACGAGGAAAUGCAGGUGUUCAGAGAAAGAUGGAAGAAUGCCAUUAAGGAGGAUCAAUGCUGGGUCGAUCCAUUUGAACAAUCAUCGAAUAAAAGUUGAUGAUUGAUUCACAAUUCUUUUACAACGACCACAUCAGCUAAGUUAUUAAGGUUCAGCAGAACCCCGAUGACCAUGGAUGUGCACGGACCGACCAAGUCGGUCUAGGGAAAGAAACUCUUGCAGCCAGACACAAUUGUUUAGCCAUAUAGUCUAAGAGCUAAAUUCAGAUUUUGCCAUGUAAAUACUCAGUUCUCUUGUUUUCUUUUUGAUAG